AUGAGUCGUGGUGGCGCUGACAUUCACAGGCCUGCGCAGUCGUCCAAACCUAGUGUCACUGGUCGUCGACCUACUUAUAGUAGGUAGGCUUACUCAUGAAAUGUCCUCCGAAAUUACGGAAUGCGCUUUUUAAAGAAUUUAUUUCCUUUUAUGAAGUAAAACGUCUACGCAGCAGUCAUUUCCGAAGAAUCCCGUUGUAAAAUAUCUACCUUUUUAGGGUGAAUACGUGUCAAACACAAUCAAGCAACGCUUGCGAUGCACCAUAGAAUGAUCGUACAACGCCGCGAAGCUUAUCUCUAUCAGUUCCACAAAUAGUCUUCCAAUUAACCGGGCAAAUGAUGCCUUGCAAAUGCACGCUACCCUAAAUUUUGUUUAUGAAUUCACAUGCAUUUGCGAAUACAAGUACAUUGGGCAAACGCAAAGGCAAUUAGCAACCAGGGCCGCUGAGCAUUUGCCUAAUUGGCUUUUCCAAAGGAAAACAAAACCCCUCGUUCGUCCAUAACGAAAUACCUGUUAGAUAGCGGCCAUGUUGUCGCCCAUUAAACAUAUUUUGAAGUACUUGUCAGAGAGCAUAAAACGUAAACGUUGCGUUAUUUGGAAUCAGCUUACAUACGGAGGGCGAAAUCAGACCUGUGCAAGCAGUUAGAUCACGUGAUCAAUCUACAAUUACCCUGGUAAUCUCAGGCCUCAAGUUACUCCAGAAUGUGAUUUGUUGGUAACAUUUCGUCUUCCUAUUUUCUAUAUGAUGCUUAUUUAGACGUCGUAUCUAAUUAUUCGUUGACUUGAACCUUAACCUUUCUCUUGUGCACUGCCAUUUUGUACAAAUUAAUACUGCUGUGCGCCUUCAUUAGUUACCCUUUUUAUGCAGAGACGUGCUGCAGUUGAAAAGCUGUGACGAACUUUAUCGGCUCCAAUUAGUUUUGAACGUGUUGUUGUUUCGAAAGGAUUAAUUACUUAGGGUCGUUAAACUAGUCAGCCUGCAACUCAAUUCUAUAAUACUUCAUUUACCACAUGAUGCCGGCUUUAGAAUGAACUUCCGGUGCCCAUGAAAGUUUAAUAAUAUUUCAUGGAAAACAUACAUUUGUUUGCUCAUUUGGCGGAAAAUUACGUCUUCUUAAAAAUGUGUACUCGAAGGAUGGAUAUAAUUCGGUCUUUAAAAAGGUUCUAUUUGUAGACCUUUAAAAAACUAUAAAAGGGCCUUUUUUAAAUCGUCAUAUAUCUGCAUUUACCAAUGCGGAUUGUAAAGUUAGCAAAAUGAAUCGAAUCCACUGCUUAUUUUUAGGAACCCUAAAUGGUUCCCCCUUACUAGAGUAGACAAUUGUGUCAUUCUCCGUACAUGGAAAAAAAUGGCUUCUUAUUUGGAAAACUUUAAUCCAAAUGGAACGGUUAAGCGCAUUAAAAAUUGUUCGGGAAUAGAAAACGUUUUUAAAACACGAAACAUACUCUUCUUUUGAAUAUAGAAUCAAAACAGGACUUAAUUAUCUGCCGAAUGAGCGAAAUAACAUUUUUAUGAAUUUUUUCUAUAAAAUAAAACUGGGCUUUUAGGAGCAUCGAAAAUCAAUGAGAAAAAUCCCUGUUACGUAUUUAGUCAUUUUUAAAGAAUAAUGUUAACGCAUGCAGCCAGUAAAAAAUUAUUUGAAAGCCGGCAUCCUGAGAUAUCUUGUAUAUUAUAGACUUAUGUUGCAGACUGACUUGUUAUACAACUCCACUUAAUCAAUCUUUUGGAACGCAUUUCGGAAUUACCGUUGACAUUUCAUGAGUUAACCAACCUACUAUAUAUCCUCUUAAACAAUCGCGUGCUCCGUUGCUGCUUUUGUCUUCAGCACUGCAUCUAUAUACGUGUUUACAACUUUACAAUAAUAAAUAAAUUGUUGCGGCCAUCAAACAGUAUCAUUUACGCAUAUAAAAAUUCGUUUGUCGCAUUAAACUAAUUACGCAUUUGAAAUACGAUUUUCGAUUUUUAUGUAUCAGCGAACACCGCGUUUCCUAUCUUUUAACUCAAAUCAGCCUGCCAUUCCUGUAUACCAGCUGGUGUUGUGCCGUAGUGUGUGGUGUAAGUAAAUAAGCUACAGUGACACUAACUGCUCAUUUGAAUUGUUAUCGGCAGGCUCGGAGAGGCAUCCCAUUUAGUCAGCCGACAAAGAUUAACAACUGGCAAAGAAUUGCGAGCAUAUGAUAGGACUUGGUCAUAUACAGUUUCUUUUUCUAGGAGAUUGUCUCGACCUUAAGAUCGCAAGCUAUAUUGUUGAAAGCUAUGUACUACUUGUCUCAGCCUAAGUAGUCGUCACGUGUUUUUCAUAAUAGUAUUCAACAUUCUGACAGAUGAUUAGGGCCGAACAGUUUGGAAGAUGAAUGGUCCAAGUUUAAAGAAAGCAGGUCACUGCAGGCAGUUCAUUUAUUGUAAUCUGGCAAUAUACAAUUUCUUUGAAUGCUCAAGCACUGGACAGUUGUUAAUAACCAAAAGGGUUGUAAACUAGUGAAUGCCACAAAAAGUUGAUUACGUUUUCUUUGUGAUAAUGUUAGAUAAUAAAAUAUAGGUAUAUGUGUUGCAAAAAACUUUGCCACUUAGAUAUACCAGUGAGUAAGAGGCAAAAGUGUAUUCACAACUAAAUUACUUAAAUGGAGUUUGUGACUCCAGGCCGAAUGCUAUUAUAGGCUGUUGUGAACGUACUACUUUAAAUAGUUUUAUCCAAAAUCCUGUAGCAAAAACAAAUUGUUUAAGACAUUUGUGGUGUAAAUUUUCCCUGUGUUAAAAGUUAGCGAUCAUGAACAUAUUUGUAGCACUCAGUAAUGACAAGUUAAACAGGCGCAAUUUUCGGUAAAAUUGUCACUAUUUACAGCAACAUAGACACAACCAAUAAAUCUAACCGUGAAUUGUACUCAGCAAUGUUAACACAAGGCUGAAAAAGAACAGCGUCAUUUAUAAAGCCAUGCUUUUGGACAAAUCUGCAUUUCCAAGUGUAUAUGGACAAAUCCGCAUUUCCAGAUGGAGCCAAGUACGCAACAGUUAUCGGGCUUUUAUCUUUGUUAGAAGUGACAAUUAUGUUUAAGUGUCAUAAGAUGAGGCAAACGUCAUUUUACAGUAAAUCGUGGCAUUUGAAUUUAGGAAGGAAAUGAUUUUGGCUAAUGCAUGGCUAAUGGUUAAUCCAUAAAACGCUAACGCAAAUUCUGAAAUGCGUUCUCAACUUAAAAAUGAUUGUCUAAUUAGCGGAGAAUUUUAUCAUUGAUUGCCGGCGCCCUUACAUGUGCAUUCCUUUAUUUGAUAGGGAAUAGCGUAUUCUUCUUAUAGGCAUUCAAAACAAAGCUGAAGUUUGGUUUUGAUAAAGGUGUCGCAAAACCAAUGGAACGCCAAAUAGAUUCUCAUGUGAUAGCCAGUGUUUAUGCGUGACCGAAAUAUUUUGGGGUUAAUUUGCUUACUACAUAAUAUUGAAAAACUACUUGGGUGUUAUUUUAAAUCAACAAAUAUUUCGUAAUUUAUGUUAACAUUUCAUGGCGAUUAAGAUAGCUUAGACUUCUUUUUAAAUAAUAUUCUACAGUGCAAAUGUAGCUCAACCAAGACCCGUCUUAUAAUACUUGGGCCGCUAUACCAAACUAAAUAUAUUUUUGUCAGGCUACAGCUAAUAUACAUACCUGUAUUUUAGUCCUCUAAAGGAACAUAAAAUGCAUGCCUGAUAUGCGGUUUCUUUUAGAAUUGUCCACAUAUCUCUCUAGGCUUAACUGCGUUAGAAUUGAAGGCAGUAGAAGUUUAAUAUAAUCCGUAAAAAAACUAAAUUGAGUAGACGGCUAAAUCGAUCCGUAAUAUCUUUGGAGGUUACUGGACAAAUUUAGUUACCAAUUAUUUUAAAGGUCCGUUAUCCACGUAAAUCCGUGUUUCAAAACUUUGAAUGAGAGCCGUCAAUUAUAAAAGACAUACCGUAUCAUCGAAGGCGUAUAUGGUACGAUGUACAAACACAUAACAAUACUAUUUCGCUCAAAUGUGGACGCUGUUACUCCGACCUGAAAGUAAGUUCAUGCCGAAUAUAGCCCGGCUGUACCGGCUGCUAUAGUGACAGUUCGAUUAAACCCGACAAACACGAUUAGACAAGUUCCAGGAAGCAAUUUGGUAGAAAUGUUGCGCUUGCCAGAACAAGAAUUUUGUCUGCCUGACGUUUCGGAUUCCUACGCGAACACAUCAUAAACUGAUGUCGCAGAACAUAGCAAUAUGCGGCCCCAGAUGCGCCACAAAUUUCGAAAGCGGUUGUCGCGCAACCACAUUCUUUUAUAUCUGGCAGUAAUUAUGUUCUUCGCUGGCGGUGACAGUUGAUACAAUGACUACCAUCGGAUCCAUAUACGACACCUCGAUUGCCGUGGUUGUAUAUUCCAGCCCUGAAAUUUACGCGACAAUUUGGCUCGCUGUCACAUUGUCCUUUGAUUUGGCACUAGCCUCCCCGCUUGCCUUUUAAUUUUGAAUAGGCAAAACCUACAAGCGGAUGUAAGGCACGCUCUUUUCGUCACUUACAGCCGAACCGUCCUGUAAUGGACGAAGUUUCUGGUUUUCUGAUAUGCUUAUGAUAAAUUUAUCGCUAACGAGCAGGAUCAAGUGUUCGAAGAAGGCGUAUAAUUCGGUUUCAAAAAGUCACUAUCAAUGAUAUUUUAAAACCAUAAAAUGGCAGUCAUAAAACUCCAUAUUUUUACACUUACCAACGUGACUUGCACAGUUUACAAAAUGGCUAAGAUAUACGGCCCAAUUCUACGAACCCCGCAUGGUCUCCACUUAUUGCCAUAGAGACAUUUAUGGUUUUCCGUUCGCAGAAAAUAUACGGCCUGUGGUUUGGAAACCGUGAAAGCAAGUGCAUUAUCAGGUCAGACCAUUAUUGGCAGACCAAGCUAAACCGCUUCUUCAAGUAUACAAGUGAAAGAGGAUGUGAUCUUCUACCGAAUGGGUGAAAUAACACGUGUUUUUAUGCAUGUUUUCCAUGAAAUAUGAUUGAGGUUUUACGGGAGUCAAAAGUCAACGAAAACAAUGCAUGCUGCAUAAAUAAUUAUUUUUAAUACAAUGUGCUUACGCAUCUGGCUUGCGAGAAGUUAGCUCGAAAUCCUGUAUCCUGGGCUGACUGGAUUAUUAAAAAUAUGUUUAAAUUUAGAACCCUGCUUAAUUUAUUGUUGCUGAUCAAAAUGCAUUUCAGAAUUUCAGUUAAUAUUUCCUAGGUCAGCAUACGCAAUGCACGAUGAAGGAGACUAGAUGGAACCAAAUGGUCGUCCUUAAAUUUCAGAAAGUGAAUGGUGGACAAAAACCUUAAGUGUUUACGAAAGCGAUUAAUAUGACGCAAGUGCUGAAGUACACCAGCAACCACCAAAACGCGCACAAAAACGGUGCGUUGAGACGCAUUUCAGUCAAACGAGAGACAGGGUUUUGAAACUAUAAUGCACUCGAGAGAUGUAUAGAGCAAAACGGCACGACUCGGUUGUCUGUUGCAUACACCGUCAAGCCCAAACUUGUGGAACUGAAAGGCACACUAUUAUAUAUAAUAGGGGUGCGGUUGCCUUACAGCCGCGGUUUAUACGCACCGAGCAUUUUGUGCACUCUGCCACUUGUUUCCGCGACCUUAUCUAAUGAUGGUUUCGAGUUAGAAUCCGAAACGUUAGGCCGAUAAGACUCGUUCUUUAGCAAACGGAUGCUGUUUCUCCGAAUUUCAUUAACAGUUUGUUGAAAAUGUCAAUUAGAAAAAAUUAUUGAUGUUUGCAAUAUUUUCUGAAACUUACUGAUCUAUCAUGAUAUAUUUCAUGUCUGUUUUACACAACGGAAGAGACUAGAAUGCUCAUUAGAGAUUUGCUCCAGCUGCAUCACCUUUUUUUAUCGUAUAUUCGUUUGGCUUAUAUUUCCACUUAUCCGUUAACGUGGUAGCCGGGCCCGCCAGCUUAUUCUAAUUUAAAGUGCUUUUUGUAGAAUUCAAUGCCUGCAUGUUAGCUAAAUCUGCGCGAUAAGAAGGUUAUGUUCUCCGAAGAACGAUGAUGUAAAGAUUAUAAGGGUGGUAUUCACUGAGGCCUCAAAGCCCAGCUUUUUCCAAAAAAACUUCGAAAGCGCAAAAACACACUUCAUGUCUGCAAAGCCACUGUAAUACAUCUUAUUAGUCUUGCAGAAAGAGACACGAUCGCCGGGACAAGAGCAGUAUUAGCCUGACGUUUUGGAUUCCUACUCGAAUCCAUCAUCAGAGACAAAAAGCAGAAAUUGGUGGUUGAUGCACAAGGGGUUGCGGUAUUUAUAGGAUGCACCAGCCAUGCAACCGCAUACCUAUGAACAUUCACGGCUCCCCCUUCGUCCGAGAUCGUCGCACGUGGUGUGAUCAUUGCUUGAUGGCCGACCUUCGAGUUGAUAAUUGCUGCAAUUUCAUCACGUGCGUUGGAUGUUGGCGUGAUGAUUGCUCGACCAUCUGACACACCGACCCUGGUGUUGGGAAAAGUGUUAACCUCUGCGCUCCCCGCAUGGCUUGUUACGCCGCCUAGGCGAAAUUUUAGCACGCAGUAUGGAGUGGGAAGAUCAUUGCACUUGCUGAUGGACUGGGGGCCAGUAAACCAUGAUACCUGUAGCUCCCGGCUCACGCGGUUGACACCUCCUGCGAGAAUCUCGGCCUCAACGAAUUUGAAUGUGUGGCCGGAUCUCGUCGAAUGAGCCGCAACGUGAGAGCUGGCGUCAUUUCUGCGCACCGCUGCCGCGUGUUCGGUCAUUUUCGUUCGGAGCUGUCUUCCAGUUUCUCCGACGUAGGUGCUUUGUCCGCAACUGCACCAGAUCCGAUAAACGACUCCAGACGUUUCUAGCCAUGGUAGUAGGUCUUUCGGUUUCAUGAUCAGACGCCUGAUGGUUGCCUCCGGUCUGUGUGCCACUCUAACCCCAAGUGGUGCGAGAAGGCGGCCGACAGCUUCCGAAACGUUCUUCACAUACGGAAGUGUCCGCCAAGAUUUGGUGUCCGUGCGGUUAGGCCUUUCGUCCCUUUUGCGUACGCACCGGUCGACGAAGUUGCGCGGGUAGUUAGUGGCUUUGAAGACCCGUCGGAGGUAUUGUAAUUCGGCAAUUUUGUCUUCCGGCUCACUGCAGUGCGUUUUUACACGCCAAUAGAGCGUCCUUACACAAAUGCGUUUGUGGCUGAUUGGGUGGCUACUGUUGAAGUUCAUUACUUGCAUCGCAUUUAUCACUUUCCUGAACACUUUGUUUUUUAGUUCACCACAAUCUUUGCCGCAUACGAGGACAUCCAGGAAGACCAGCUGGUUGCUCUCUUCCUUCUCCUCUUCGUAAAUUGA